AUGUCGCAGACCCUCGGUCGCCAAGCACGCCCCUUGACCUCUGUCGGCUAUAUUGUCAUGCCGUACGCCCUUGACUGCCGUCGAGGUUCCGCUGCUGAGCGUCUUGGCCGGAACGGGAGCCUUCAAGGUCUAUGGCGCAUACCGUCGGUCGCCUGUCCUCCCCUUGAUCCCCGUCAGGUUCUUUGCCACAUCGUGCACCUUCAUCUGCCUGACGGCAUGAAUGCUCGCACAGGUGCUUGA